AUCGCAGUCUAAUAGUUAAACCAUGCAAGAUCAUCUAAUUUUAAUAUUUAAACCAGCGUAUUUAAGGUAAUUUGUUUAUUUUGGUCCGUCAGAAAGGUCCCAGUUUCAGGUCCUAGUUAGUGGCCUCUUUUUUGGGUCUUUUUUUCGCCGUCUCUGGUGCCCCGUCCCGGCGGCCUCCCACCUUUUCAUCCUCCGAUUUGGUCCAAGUCAUGUCUGCUUGUUGGUCAGUGGGGGCAUCACUAAUUCAUGAAGGUCAACACUCAAACGCUGGAAUUCCUCCACCCUGCAAAACCACCUUCACAUCGCCGUCCCUUCUCCUUAAAUUCACGGCCAUGAUUCAGAGGUGCCGCGAUAAAUUAAGGGACGUCUCAUGAUGUUGAAUUAGCAGCCGUUAAUCACCAAGCUUCAAAGAGCCGACGUGAUUUACUGACAUCUGUAAAAGUGUUCGCCUUCAGGUUUACUGCAGAUACAUCACCUCAACAAAGUGUUCGAUGAUUUCACUCACAGCCGACGUGGAAAACUAAAAGAAACUUCUGCUUUAGUUGGUGGCCAAUCCAUCACUGGUGUGGACUGGUGUCAGCGCACGGAUGACUGCUCUGUGACAAUUCACUUUGUCAAGGAAAUACCUUGUGUAAUCUCUGGGAUCCAGAUGUCAAGACGUGCGGCUCCCUGCUGAGCGGAGGAUCGCAGACCAUUGCAGACUUUUCCCGCUGCCAGGCGGUGACCUUCUUUUUUCCUCUUUUGCCAAAUCCCGUCUUUUGGCUCGCCGUGACACGCGGCCCAUCUGCGUGUGUCCGCAUUGUUCGCUCAAGUCAAACAGCCAAAUGAGCGUGGCCAUGAAAGCCAUUUGAUCGGCGCGCCGCAGUACUGACUCGGAAUAUUUGAAUUGGCGAGUCCCCCCCAAAAUUAAAGAAGGCACUCGACCUCCACAGUCCUGGAGGAAAAAAGUCUUCUUAAUCCCCUGUUUUGUUUUUUAAAUCAGGUUUUAGUGCAAACCCUUGGCUGCUUCUGGUGCUCAGCCAUCUCCUCUCUGAUCUCAAUGAUAUCAGCGGCGCGGAGAAUCACCGCCGCCAUCAGCUGUGAAGCUAUUAGCAAUAUGCUACAGGCUGUGAAUUAUCUUUAGAAAAACAUACAUUAUCACUUUUGAGCAAAGAUUCCCUCCGAUUAUCCGCAUGUGGCGGGCUUUGUUUUCCACUGUAGUUAAAUUCAACAGUGUGAGAAGCCUCCGAAGCCACUUUUGGAAAGGCAACAUCUGGUAAAUGGCCGUAUCCCGCUUCCACAGCCAGGCUUCACCUGGUGUGUGCGUAUGUGCGGGCCGGUGUGCGUGUACAAGCAGAAACCCUGGCUCACCCCCUCUGUGCUUCCCAAUGUCCUGUCUCUGAAGAGCUAUGACCAUUAAGCAGCUGUUCGCUUCCAAAGCCACCCGGAAAAAAUGAGGGAACCGCGAGAAUGCAAAUGAGUCUCUGUUUGUGCCAGAACUUCUCUGGAGGGACUCACUGUUAGGUCACAGACACACACAAGUGCAGACGGUACAGUCGUUGGCACGUGUGCGUUAGGGCCUCUUGAAUGGCCGAUGCUCUUAACUGUCUUUACUAGAAAGCAGCAGCUUCCUCUGGACAUGCUCCAUGCUCACUGUUUAUUUACUUUAAUAGAUGAAGCACGGGCCUGACACUCCACCAAAUGGGGGCAGCGCCAGUGGCAAAGUCUUGGUAAAGUGCUUCAUGUCGUUUUUGCUUCCUCUGACGUUGCCAUUUAUUUGCAUUAAAAUAAUCUUCAUUUUCCACUAAGUACCAAUGUGAGCCUUUUAAAGACCCGUAGAACAGGCUCCUUUAAGAGGGACCAUUGUAUCUACCUAAUCUGUCCACUUACCAAAACUGUCUUCCCUGCCACGGGAUGAUGGCGUCACAUCCGGAUAUGAUAUCACCUUUUUUAAACUAAAGCUCUUUUAAUUUAUGAGUUUAUGUUUUGAGUUUAUUUUACGAUGUUGACAUCACAAUAUCAUUUAAAAACGGCAACGUUCCUGGCAGCUUUCUACAGUGUCCGCCAUGGACACACGCUGACAUGGAUUGCAAGUGAUUUAACAUGAAUAUUAAUACGGUUUUCUGCUGUUGCUUCAUCAGUUCAAGCAUCAGUUAUAGUUCUGCAGAGAUUCUUUUGCUAAUGCAGUUCCGUGUCCAGCCUUGAAGAGCUCUGCUACUGAGGACAUAGACACUAAGUUGCCUGACAUUGGAGUUUCAACAGUUCCCUGAACUUGGUAAUACCAUCAUUAAAAGAAAUAAUUCCCUCCAUAUUCAGUGUCAAUAGACCAUUAGGAGCAGAUUUAAGCCGAUAAAGUGCAGCGGAGUGAUCACGCACCGUUAUUUAGAAGCCAAAACCAAGCAGUUUCUUGGGUUUCAAUCACACGGAUGGACGUUAACUGGCAGGCCUCUCUGUUCAAUAGCAGCCUGCCUCCUGCCAUGCAUUAGUUCUAUUCAUUAGCUGUUCUAGAAGGGGGCUCCCUAUGAAUCUGUAAUUGUUUCUACACAAUACAUACAGAAGCAGGCGUCGUAACAAGCCAUGAUCAGAAGGAGGGCCAGAAAUUCCUUCAUGUUGCUGUCCAUGGUGCUGAAAGUGUCCUGCUGCGAGCAGCACAAACAAAAAAGCCCAUUUGUUCGGUGGACUAUUUUUGUGUUUUGACAGUGAUUCUUGGCAAUAAUUGUACUGUUGCCUGGUCCCUUUAAAUGCUGCCACAUCUCGACCAGGAGCUUUCAUAGUCUUACGAUGAAAAUGUGCCAGUGGUGGACAGCGAAUUCAUUAAAGACACCUGGGCAGAGCGCAGCCAGGGAGCGAUGUGCGGCCCUUUACCUGUAUAUUCACGGCCCUCAUGCGGUCUGACAACAACUAUACAACUGAUAGAUUGUAUUUUUCUAUUUGUUUUGUUUCUUUUUUUAUCCAUUACUUGUACAACAGUAAGCUUUUUCUUUGAGAGUUUUGUGUGUAUUUCUAGUUCCUCUAAAUACACUGAAGGAAAAUUGAUAUUGUACUUUGAAAUAAGUUGCCUUCCAUAGUUUUGUUUUGAAUUCUAACUUAAAAAAUGCAUAGAAAUUGAAAUAUUUGUAUUGGUUUCAUGGCAUAUGAAACAUAAUAUCUUCACAUUUAGUCUUCUCAGGUCAGUUUUGUCAGUUUUUGUCCUACUUACUUACAGCUGUGGAUUUGGGUUGCAACGUCACUUGCAAAGAAAAUUUAAGUGUGUUACCAAAAUGAUUUUUGAGAGAAUUAUUAAUCAAGCACAAACAAAAUGUCUCACAUCUUUUGCUACUUUAACAAAGAGAAAUAGUGGUGUUGUUACUCUCACAUAGGCAGCGGCAAGGCUGUUUUUAACUGCUAUGACAAACUGUGAAACUGUCCAAGCUGAGGAAAUGAGACAAGAAAAGUAUUAAUAUGCUCAUUUGUUAUGAUGCAUUUUACAGAGAUGCUCAUUUUUUUCCUGUGUGAUUAAAGCAGACAGCCUCUGGCAAAAAAGAAUGUAUAGGGACGGGUGUGUAUUUGUUUGUUUCUCCUGCUCUGCCCCAGUUUUGUCUUCAGCCUUAUCACUGAGAAUUGCAUGCUUCACUGAUGAAAGAAAGUCGCGAGGACGUGUGUGUGUGUGUGUGUGUGUGUGUGUGUGUGUGUGUGUGCGUGUGUGCGCACAGGUGGAUGUGCGUGCAGCACUUUGGCCCCUCUCUCUAAUAAGAGCUUAACCUUAUUAAUCACUGUAGUGUGCAGAGGCUGGCUGUGGCGUCACACACAUGCUUGCGAGGACACACUCCGACUUGCACACACAGGCAUGUCAAUCUGUUAUUAGUUAAUAGCUAAUUAGCACAAGGUGAUUAAUUACUAUGGCGGGGUGUGCUGAUGACAAGGAGCGGGGGAGGAGGGGGGAGAGGAAAAGGACCGUGGAAACUAUCGGCCGGAUUUCGCCUGCGAGCUGGAAGAACAGCUACCUGCUUCGCAAGAAGGCUUUCUCCACUAUCGAUUCCGAGGUGUGCAAAGGCGCAUGUCUUUGCCCGCGUGUGCACGUGGUUAUGCAUAUUGCAGAGGUGUGCGCGAGAGGAGGGGUUCUGCUGGCCUGUGUUUAUUCCUCUGUCUCAGGGGGAUCAGCUGUAAAGGUUAACUAGUCUUUUCUUAAGCUCUCAGCCUCAUGACAAAUGACCAUGUUCAACCCGCAGGGGCACCUUAUAGCAGCCCCUCCCUUGCCGUCCUUUCCUCGCUCCCCUUCUCCCUCGCUUUCCUUCACCUGCUCGCGGCUCGGGAGGCAGGUCAAGAGAGGAGAAACGGGAGGAGGUGGGUUGUUCGGAAAAAGUAUGGGUGAAGGGACAGAGAACAAAAUGUCGGCAAGCGAAGAAAUAGUGCAACACAAUAGAGUCGGGAAAAUAUUUGUGGUAUAGCCAAUGUGCUUUUUUGGUUCAGGCGCUUGUUCGUAGGCAAAGCACAAGUCAUGCAUGUCUACAAAGGCUGGUGUCAGGGGGAAUCCAUGGCAGGACUAGUUGAAAUAGUAGAUCGACUAGUCAUGAUGUCAUCACUGCCUGCCACAAAAUACACAGCGCGGCACGUCUGACUAGUCGACUAAUGGUUAUAGUCGGUGACUACUGUAGAAGUAGUCUUCAGUUGCAGCUCUAAAGGUUUCCCAACAGAUCGCGUUGAGUCGCUGGCCUGUGCUAUGUCGCCGGUCAAUUCCAGCUGUUGGCAAGUGACCAAGGGAAGAAACUCUUCCUCACCCUUACUGAUAUUCUUCAGGCAUCAAUGGCAAUAAGCAGCGGGGGGGCUGUUUUUCCCAGCCCUUGAGCUACAUUUUUUGUUUUGUUUACUUUCUGGUGAAAUGCAUUCGCUAUGAUACUGAUUUUAUUUCUAACCAGAAAUGCUUUUAUUUUGUUACUGUGCUUCACUUCCUCUCCUGCUGAGCCGCGAAGAGCAGAAUUAAUGCAUUUGUGCUCUGGAGGCGACGAAAAUAGAAGUCUUGCUUGUCUGCUGUGGAGGGCUCCGAACCCGUAAUGCAUGUACGGCAAAGAAAACCCUCAUUCAUUCCGCUGGGUGUGGAUCAGCUCCACUGCCGGAGCACAUGCAACUGGACCUGGAAGCCCCAUGGACACCCUGGUGGUGACUGAUCUAGACUCAAUCUUAACUAAAUGCUAGGAUUGUCCUCUGUUUUCCCCAUGAGUUUCCUUGGAAAAGGAAGACUCCCUACCCUGCAACCGGAAUAAACCAUGUGAUUCCAUCUCAGCCAGUCACCCACGAGACACCAGAGAGACAGACAUGUGGUGUGCACAACAAAAGAUCCAUAUAAAGAACAUGAGUAAAAGUAAUCUGUGCAAGGGUUUUGCUUCGUCCUUCACUCCAUCACUGCUUCUAUCUGUGUGACCUCUCCAUAUGCUUCCAUGUCUCUCUGCCUCCCUACAUUCUUUGUUUCAAUGACCCUCCAUAGUGAAGGUUCUCUUGUGAACCAGCCGUCUCUCAGGUGCAGCCCACAUGUGCUCCGUCUUAUAUAUGGUGGUCACACUGGUAUGGCAAGUCUAAUGGUGUUGCAUGGCAUUGAUAAAUAACCUGAACAAGAGUCUCGUCGGUUUGCACAUGCGCCGCAUAAACGUAUGGGUACACUGAGUGUGCAUGAUGGAGUAUUACAAGGCAUUGUCAAGAAAGCAAUUUGUUUCUGUCUCACACGUUUUUUCUAUCGUGACAAAUUGACGUGAGCCUCAUUUCGAAAAGCGACGCCUCCUGCUGAUCCUGUUGUGUGGCAGGCCGGCGUCUUCGGGGUCGUGAAGGCAAAGAGAUCACAGGUGGAGCGGUGGCUUAUUCAGUCGACAGCAUCACAACAGCGUCAUAUUGUUCAGAGUAAAUCGAGACUGGAUCCGGGUCGGACCUCAUAACAGAUACAUGUGUCCACUUUGGAAGUUCUUUAACUGGAAGUGUCAUUUACAACCUUUUCUAUUUCCAAUUCUAAUGUGGCAGGGCCGAUAAAACCCUUCUCUGGAAGGACAGAUUGUACAGAUUGUUUUAUGGCAACAUGACUGGAUUUCCCUGCUUGUUUUCCAGAACACCUCGGUGAGGUUAUUGUUUUGGAACUUUGCUUCGCUUCAGAUGUCAAGUGAGAUACAUGUGCUGAGCUGAACUCUACUUUGCAAACAGAGUCCCCACACUUGCUGCUGUGUGCAUCAUGAGAUCACACCAGCCGCGAGCGUUUGUAUACACUCCGCCACAAGUUGCGUCUUGCUUUCCAUGAGAGAAGGUGUCUGGCCAUGCCCCGUGUAGACAAUGAAAGUGUCAUUGUGUGUCUUGAGGGUGCCAUAUAAUUCAACCCUUUCUCCGUCUCUCUUUUCACCUCUGACCGAUGCUGCUGCUGCUGCAUGCUUGUGCAUUGUUCUGGUUUCCUCUUACAUCAUUGUCCACACAUUGUCUUCUAUUCGUGGACGUAUAUGCCAUUGUUUUGCCUCCGUCACACACACACACACACACACAAUAGAGGCAGCACAGAAUGCUGAUAAAUGCUGUGUUAGACUGAAGUAUUCCUGUCGAUCUGUGACAAGAUGUCUGCCCUCUGCUGGGCGCUCACGGGACCUUCAUCUACCUGGUAACCUGCCUGAGUCACCGGAUCUGGAAAGGAAUAGGUAAAUCUGCAGCCGUGUCAUCAUCCGCUUUAAUCUGUGGAUGAAGUGAUGGGUUGUAAACGUGUGUCAAGUCGACCACACUGCUGGGAGUUUUGUUAUAAACUGCUGCUGAAAUCCCGCGGCUUUGUUUGACAUUGUUCCUUCUAUUUUUGGUGCGUUCUGUGAAGACCAACGCACCCAUGUGAGAUGUGACAUAUUACCGGCUUCAUCUCUGCAGUGUCCUCUGCCCUUGCACUGCUCCUCUGGCGCUGCAUGUCUCCUCUCCGCUCCAGCCUUUCCCUCUCUUCCUCACCGUUUACCAGUCAUCUCGCCCCCUGUGUCUUCUCCCUCUCAUCGCAUACUUCUUUUUCUCUCUACAUUUUUGAUGCCUUGUCACAUUCUGUCAUUCUUUCACUCUCGCACACACUCGCCGGCUCCCUCAUGUUCUGCCACUCUCAUUUCCACCUCCUUCUUCUCCACUACAGUUUCACCCGUUCAGUGUCUCACCCUUCCCCUUUCUCCAUCCCUUUGGCUCAUUUGUUAGCUCCUGCUGUCAUCCUUCCUCCCCCUCCAUCUUGGUGGUGCCGAGAGAGAAAGCGCGGGAGUGAGAGAGAGAGAGAGCGAGAGAGAGAGAGAGAGAGAGAGCAAGGGAGGGAGGAGGGAGAGCGCGAGCAUGUGUGUGUUGAGUCUGCUCUCAGUCUCAUCUGUGGCCAGAUGGAAGAUGGAGCCGCGGCCGUAUCUCUCCGUCUCUUCUGUUCUGCCUGCCACAGGCUGAAAGGCACUCUUUUUUCACUCUCAGAGUCUCCUCAUCCAUCCAUUCCCUUAUGCCCGACUUGGCCUUGAUUUGCCCCGGACUCAACCAAAAAAGGACUGAGAACAAUAAGGCUCCAGGAGAAGGGAAGGCAAUCUGUACAGUGCUCGUAUCUCGUUCCCCGUGGUAUUUUGAUCCGUGGUGUUGAUCUCGCCACGCAGCCGCUGCACAUGUGCCAGUGCGUCGGUCCACGCAGCGUGAGCGCGCGCCUCUCCCGGGCUCCGGCUACAUCUCUGUCUCCGGCGCUCGGCUAACGGAUUGUUCCUCUCCAACUCAGCGCAGACCAGCAGAGAAAGAAGAGCAAAGAAAGAAGCGACUGAAGCGGGGGGAAAGAACAAGGAGCAGCCCAGAAGACUUUGGCCGAGGGAGAAAACAGAAAACAAAACAUUGAGAAUCAAGAAAGAAUAACUCUAAAGGGAGUGGAGGGGAGCGGAGUGUGGAGGAGAGGAGACAAGGGUAGAGGGUUAAUCAGGGAGAGACACAAGUACGGAGCGAUGCAUCACUCCGGCAACACAGGAAGAACCAAGACCCUCUCUCAUGAGACAGGUCGCCCACUGCCUCCGACCUCUUCCUCCUCCCUGCUCCCUCCAUCCCUCCCCUCCUCCUCCUCCGCCCCCCACCACCCCUCCCCCGGCCCAUCUCCACCGAUCAGGGAGUGCCAGGUGCCCCUGCUGGAGAAAAACUCCACUCACUCUCACCUGGAUCCUCAUCCAGAAGACUCAUACCUGCUGCGGGGUCAGCCCUCCUCCACGGGGGCAGCCAACCACCACAGUCAGACCACACUGCGCCCGCCACUGCCGCCUCCCCACAACCACCACACCUUAUCCCACCAGUCGGCCAACAGCCUGAACAGAAACACCCUGAGAGGGGGGCGCAACCCCAUCCACGCACCGGCUCCGGGCACCGGCGACGGGCCCACCACCCCAGAGUCGGUCCAGCUCCAAGACAGCUGGGUACUGAACAGUAACGUCCCGUUGGAAACCAGGCACUUCUUGUUCAAGACAUCAUCAGGAACCACCCCGCUCUUCAGUAGCUCCUCCCCUGGAUACCCUCUGACGUCGGGAACCGUCUACUCUCCGCCCCCUCGUCUCUUACCGCGAAACACCUUCUCCCGCUCUGCCUUCAAACUAAAAAAGCCGUCCAAGUACUGCAGCUGGAAGUGUGCGGCGGUGACGGCCAUCGCCGCUGCCGCCCUGCUGGCCGUCCUCUUGUCCUACUUCAUCGCCAUCAACCUGCUGGGUUUGACAUGGCAGCUGAAGCCAUCUGACGGCCCCGUGUUAAACAACGGACUGGGAGCCGGUUUGCCUGUCAACAGUGACGUGGCCACGCUGCCUUCAGGAGGCAGAGUUUCUUUUCCCCUCGCGCCAGGUCCCUGGGCCGCUCGGAACAGCAGCAUAGACACGGGAAGCAUCGAGGUCGGGAGGCGGGUGACCCAGGAGGUUCCGCCGGGAGUGUUCUGGAGAAGCCUUCUUCACCUCAGCCAAGCUCAGUUCCUCAAGUUCAACAUAUCGCUGGGCAAGGAUGCGCUGUUCGGGGUCUAUAUCCGCAAGGGUCUGCCUCCCUCUCACGCCCAGUACGACUACAUGGAGCGCUUGGAUGGGAAGGAGAAGUGGAGUGUGGUCGAGUCUCCGCGAGAGCGGCGCAGCAUCCAGACUGUGGUUCUCAACGAGGCCGUCUUUGUUCAGUACCUGGACGCCGGCGCCUGGCACCUCGCCUUCUACAACGACGGCCGCGAGAGGGAGACCGUCUCCUUCAGCACAAACGUCAUGGAUUCAGUGCAAGAGUGCCCGCGCAAUUGCCAUGGUAACGGAGAGUGUAAUUCGGGCGUGUGCCACUGCUUCCCAGGAUUCCACGGCAUGGACUGCUCCAAAGCGGCGUGCCCGGUGCUGUGCAGCGGUAACGGCCAGUACGACAAGGGCUCCUGCGUGUGCUACAGCGGCUGGAAAGGACCAGAGUGCGACGUCCCUCUCACGCAGUGCAUUGACCCACUUUGCAGCGGACACGGCACCUGCACCGACGGCAACUGCGUGUGCUCCAUUGGCUACAAGGGACAGAACUGUGCCGAGGUUGACUGUCUGGACCCAACUUGUUCCAACAAUGGCGUCUGUGUGAACGGCGAGUGCCACUGUAAACCAGGCUGGGGUGGACUUCACUGUGAGCUGCCCAGGGCCCAGUGCCCAGACCAGUGCCACGGCCACGGUGCCUUCAUACCUGACACCGGCCUCUGCAGCUGCGACCCCAACUGGAUGGGACCCGACUGCUCCAUGGAGGUGUGCUCCGUGGACUGUGGGACCCAUGGCGUGUGCAUGGGCGGAGCUUGUCGCUGCGAAGAAGGCUGGACCGGCGCCGGAUGCGACCAGCGUGUCUGCAACCCGCUGUGCAUCAAACACGGAACCUGCAAAGACGGAAAAUGCCAGUGUCACCAAGGCUGGAACGGGGAGCACUGCACCAUUGACCAUGGGAGCAUGGUUGACAAAGCAGAUGGUUGUCCUAACUUGUGUAAUGGAAACGGCCAGUGCACCAUGGGACAGCAGAGCUGGCACUGCGAAUGCCAGACGGGCUGGAGAGGACCCGGCUGCAGCGUUGCCAUGGAGACCUCCUGCGCCGACAACAAGGACAACGAAGGAGACGGACUGACUGACUGCAUGGACCCCGACUGCUGCAUCCAGAGCCCCUGUCAGAACAGUCCCCUGUGUCGGGGCUCCAGAGACCCUCUGAUGGUCAUCCAGCACAACCCCCUGUCUCUGCCGCGGGUCCGCUCCUUCUACGACCGAGUCAAGAUGCUGGUGGCCAGAGACAGCACCCACGUCAUCCCUGGGGAGAACCCCUUCAACUCCAGCCUGGCGUCUCUGAUCCGGGGUCAGGUGCUGACCACGGACGGGACCCCUCUGGUGGGGGUCAACGUGUCCUUCCUCAACUACCCGCAGUACGGCUACACGCUGACUCGGCAGGACGGCAUGUUUGACCUGAUAGCUAACGGUGGCGCCUCACUGACCCUGCGGUUUGAACGCGCCCCCUUCCUGAGCCAGGAGCGCACCGUCUGGCUGCCCUGGAGCCAGUUUUAUGCUAUGGACACUCUGGUGCUUAAGACAGAGGAGAACACCAUCCCUGGCUGUGACCUGAGCGGCUUCGUGCGGCCUGACCCCCUUGUGAUUGCCUCCCCUCUCUCCUCCUUCUUCAGCUCCAAGCCAGGGGAGAAACCCAUCAUACCGGAGACUCAGGUGCUGCAUGAGCAGAUCGAGGUCCCUGGCACCAGUCUAAAGCUUUGCUACCUAAGCUCGCGGACGCAGGGUUACCGCUCCCUGCUCAAAGUCCUGAUGACUCCCGCCGUGGUGUCCAUGGGCCUGCUGAAGGUUCACCUCAUGGUGGCGGUGGAGGGGCAUCUGUUCCAGAAGUGGUUCCACGCCUCGCCCAACUUGGCCUACACCUACAUCUGGGAUAAGACGGACGCGUAUGGCCAGAGGGUCUACGGCCUCUCCCAGGCUGUAGUGUCUGUGGGUUACGAGUACGAAUCCUGCGCCAGCCUGGUCCUGUGGGAGAAGAGGAUUGCUACCUUGCAAGGCUACGAGCUGGAUCCGACAAAUCUGGGAGGCUGGUCACUUGACAAGCACCACAUACUCAACACACGCAGCGGCAUUCUUCACAAGGGAAGCGGGGAAAACAUCUUUGUGACAACGCAACCUCCAGUUGUCACCAGCGUCAUGGGAAACGGGCGCCGACGCAGUAUUUCCUGCCCCAGCUGCAACGGCCUCGCCGACGGCAACAAGCUGUUGGCGCCCGUGGCCUUGGCCAUGGGAACUGACGGCAGCCUUUACGUCGGCGACCUCAACUUCGUCCGGAGAGUUUUCCCAUCGAUGAAUACCACUGGCAUCCUGGAGCUAAGGAACAAAGAUUUCCGACACAGUAACAACCCCACCCAUAAGUACUUCCUGGCCGUGGACCCGGUGUCAGGCGCAUUGUUCAUCUCAGACACCAAUUCCAGACGCAUCUACCGCGUCCGCUCCCUCACAGGCGGGCGGCUGCUCUCAGACAAUGCCGAGGUUGUGGCCGGGACUGGAGAGCAGUGUCUGCCCUUUGAUGAGCGCUGCGGCGACGGCGGCAAAGCCACCGAAGCUACGCUCAUGAGCCCCAAAGGUAUCGCAGUGGAUAAAAACGGGCUGAUGUACUUCGUGGAUGCCACCAUGAUCCGAAAGGUUGACCAGAACGGCAUUAUCUCCACUCUGCUGGGGGCCAACGACCUGACGGCCGUGCGUCCUCUGAGCUGCGACACCAGCAUGGACGUCAGCCAGGUCCGGCUGGAGUGGCCCACAGACUUGGCGGUGAACCCCAUGGACAACUCUCUCUACGUGCUGGAGAACAACGUCAUCCUGCGCAUCACUGAGAACCAUCAGGUGAGCAUCAUAGCGGGUCGGCCGAUGCACUGCCAGGUGCCGGGGAUCGACUACAGCCUCAGCAAACUGGCCAUCCACGCCGCGCUGGAGAGCGCCACCGCCAUCGCGCUCUCGCACACCGGCGUCCUCUACAUCGCAGAGACCGACGAGAAAAAGAUCAACAGAGUGAGACAGGUCAGCACCAACGGGGAGAUCUCCCUGCUCGCUGGCGCCGCCUCCGACUGUGACUGCAAGAAUGACGUCAACUGCAACUGCUUCUAUGGCGACGACGGCUACGCCCCGGACGCCGGCUUGAACUCCCCCACCUCCUUGGCAGUGUCCCCCGAUGGAACGCUUUUCAUCGCAGACCUGAACAAUAUCCGCAUCCGCGCAGUGCGGGCCAACCGACCCGGUCCUGCCGUCUCCAACGUGGGUUUGGCCGGCUCCGGCGGGGCCCAGUACGAAGUGGCGUCCCCGCGGGAGCAGGAGCUGUACGUCUUCAACGGCGAGGGCCAGCAUAUCCAGACGGUCAGCCUGGUGACCGGAGAGCCGCUUUUCAACUUCACCUACGGCCCCGACGGCGAGCUGACCAGUCUGGUGGACAACUGCAACAACACGGUGAAAGUGAGGAGGGACGGUAUGGGCCAGGGAGGCGGGGCUGGCCUCCUCAGGCUGGUGCUCCUGCCGGAGAACCAAGUGGUGACCCUGGGACUGGACCCGACUGGCGGGCUUCGGAGUGUGUCUGCCAUGGGGCAGGAGGUGGCGCUGAUGGGCUACAGUGGCAACACAGGCCUUCUGGCAACCAAAGCGGAUGAGACGGGAUGGACGACCUUCUACCGGUAUGACAGCGAGGGCCGCCUCACCAACGUCACGUACCCGACGGGGAUGGUGACCAGCCUCCACCGCGAGAUCGAGCGCUCCAUCAACAUCGACAUCGAGAGCUCCAGCCGAGACGACGACGUGACGGUCAUCACCAACCUGUCGUCGGUGGAAGCCUCCUACACCGUGGUGCAAGAUCAAGUGCGAAACAGCUACCAGCUGUGCAACAACGGGACCCUGAGAGUGAUGUACGCCAACGGGAUGGGCAUCAGCUUCCACACCGAGCCGCACAUCCUGGCCGGUUCCGUCAGCCCCACCAUCGGCCGCAGAAACAUCACUUUGCCGACCGACAACGGCUUGAACUCCAUCGAGUGGCGGCUGCGUAAGGAGCAGACCAAGGGCAAAGUGACGGUGUUUGGCAGGAAGCUGCGGGCUCAUGGACGCAACCUGCUUUCCAUCGACUUCGACCGCAACACGCGCACGGAGAAGAUUUACGACGAUCACAGGAAGUUCACGCUGCGCAUCAUGUACGACGCCCAGGGCCGCCCGGCGAUGUGGCUGCCCAGCAGCAGCCUGGCCGUCGUCAACGUCUCCUAUUCCUCCACGGGACAGUUGGUGGGUCUGCAGAGGGGGAGCAUGAGUGAGAGGACGGAGUUUGAUUCCCAGGGCAGGAUACUGUCUCGAUCCUUUGUGGACGGCAAGGUGUGGAGCUACAGCUACCUGGAUAAGUCCAUGGUGCUGCUCCUGCAGAGCCAAAGGCAGUACGUGUUUGAGUUCGACGCCUCGGGCCGGGUCACGGCCGUCACCAUGCCCAGCGUGGCCCGACACACCAUGUUCACCCACGUGUCCGUGGGCUACAUCCGCAACACCUACAAUCCGCCCGAGAGCAACGCCUCCAUCAUCCACGACUUCAGCGAGGACGGCCGCCCGCAGGCCACGCACUUCCUGGGCACCGGCCGGCGAGUCCUCUACAAGUAUGGCAAGCUCGCCAAGUUGUCUGAGAUCGUGUACGACAGCACUGUGGUCACGUUCGGCUACGACGAGACGGCGGGAGUUCUGAAGAUGGUGAACCUGCAAAGCGGGGGGUUCUCUUGCACCAUACGGUAUCGGAAAAUGGGGCCGCUCAUCGACAAGCAGAUUUACCGCUUCAGCGAGGAGGGGAUGGUCAACGCACGGUUCGACUACACCUACCACGACAACAGCUUCCGCAUCGCCAGCAUGAAACCCGUCAUCAGCGAGACGCCGCUGCCCGUGGACCUCUACAGAUACGACGAGAUCUCCGGGAAGGUGGAGCACUUUGGGAAGUUUGGGGUCAUUUAUUAUGACAUCAAUCAGAUCAUCACCACGGCUGUGAUGACGCUGACCAAGCAUUUCGACACCCACGGUCGGAUCAAGGAGGUCCAGUACGAGAUUUUCCGCUCACUUAUGUACUGGAUGACAGUGCAGUACGACAGCAUGGGGCGGGUGGUGAAGCGAGAGCUGAAAAUCGGGCCUUACGCCAACACCACUCAGUACCGCUAUGAUUAUGAUGGAGAUGGCCAGCUCACCGGAGUCAAGGUGAACGACUGGUCCACCUGGCGUUACAGCUACGACCUGAACGGUAACCUUCACCUCUUGAACCCGGGGAACAGCGCCCGAAUCCUGCCCCUCCGCUACGACCUGCGAGACCGCAUCACCCGCCUGGGAGACGUUCAGUACCGUGUGGACGAGGACGGAUACCUCAGCCAGCGUGGGUCGGACAUCUUUGACUACAACUCCAAAGGGCAGCUGCUGAGGGCCUACAACCGUGGCCCCAACAGUUGGAGCGUGGUGUAUCACUACGACGGGCUGGGCCGCCGCGUCUCAUCGAAGAACAGCAUGGGACAGCACCUGCAGUUCUUCUACGCCGACCUCAACCACCCAGCGAGGGUCACACACAUCUUCAACCACUCCAGCUCAGAGAUCUCCUCCCUCUAUUACGACCUGCAGGGCCAUCUAUUUGCCAUGGAGGUGAGCAGUGGAGAGGAAUACUACAUUGCGUCCGACAACACCGGGACACCCCUGGCUGUCUUCAGCAGCAACGGGCAAAUGAUCAAACAAGUGCAGUACACCGCCUACGGAGAGGUUUACCUGGACUCCAACCCGGAGUUCCAGCUGGUGGUGGGCUUCCACGGCGGCCUCUAUGACCCGCUAACCAAGCUGGUGCACUUCACUCAAAGGGACUACGACGUGCUGGCCGGCCGCUGGACCUCGCCUGACUACACCAUCUGGCCCAAGAUUGGGAAGGACCCAGCGCCCUUUAAUCUGUACAUGUUCAAGAACAACAACCCCCUGAGCGACAUGCUGGACGUCAAGAAUUAUGUCACAGAUGUGAAGAGUUGGCUGGUGAUGUUUGGCUUCCAGCUCAGCAACAUAAUCCCCGGAUUCCCUCGACACUCGCUCUACUUCGUGGAUCCGCCGUACGAGCUUCAAGCCACCCAGCACUGCGAGAACGGACAGCUGAUCACGGGAGUGCAGCAGGCGGCCGAGCGCCACAACCAGGCCUUCAUGGCGCUCGAGGGUCGCCUUCUCAACAAGGAGCGGCGCCGGCGCAAGGACAAGCCCGGCCACUGGUUCGGCACCAACACGCCCAUCGUCGGCCGCGGAGUCAUGUUGGCGCUAACCGAAGGACGAGUUGUAGCCGGCGUGUCAGCCUUAGCCAGCGACGACAGCCGCAAAGUAGCCUUGGUGCUGAACGGCGCUCAGUACCUAGAGGGCACCCACUACACCCAGGACGGGAAAGACUUUCACUAUUUUGUGAAAGUGGGCUCUUCAGACGGCGACCUGCUGGCGCUCGGGCUCAGCAACGGGCGCAAAUCGCUGGAGAGCGGCAUCAACGUGACUGUGAGCGGCCGGUCGAGGCGAGGCGUGACGGUGGAGUUCGCCGUGCCGUCGUUCGUGCUCAGCGUCCGCUACGGUCUGGCCGUCGACGUGGUGGACGAGGAGAAGGUCCGACUGCUGGAGCUGGCCCGGCAGAGAGCGCUGACCGGCGCCUGGAGCAAGGAGCAGCAGAGGGCUCGGGACGGGAAGGGAGGCAGCCGCCUGUGGACGGAGGGGGAGAGACAGCAGCUGCUCACCGCCGGCCGCGUGCAGGGCUACGACGGCUACUACGUGCUGCCGGUGGAGCAGUACCCCGAACUGGCUGACAGCAGCAACAACAUCCAGUUCCUCCGACAGAACGAAAUGGGGAAGAGGUAACAGCCCUCCUGCACCCAGCUGAAAGGCAGACUCACUCCCCACCUCACUGUUUUCCCCCCUGCCCGGCGUCCUAAACCCCCAAUCCUCUUACCAACCAACGAGCGGGGUUUGUCGCGGAUUGCUGCAGGGACUUUUGAGAGAGUGAGAAAAACAGUUUUACUGCCACUGGCAAAAAAGACGAGUCCACCUUUUUUUUUGGAGAACUUUGAACAACUGAUAAAGCACUAGAGAACUUUAACAAAAACUGUUGCUUAGUGAAUAAGAAGAUUCCCCUUUUUAAAAAAGAUAUUGAUAUUUUCACCCAUAUUUUUUGGGUCCGAGAGGCGGCCGGGUCCGAGAGCGCAGUUGAGCUGUGCCGAUGUCCACGUGAAGGUCAGUCUCUCCCGCAACAGUGAAGGCAACGGGACCAAAAAGUGGAGAUGAAGCCACUCCAGCCGUGCAGCCGCAACACUCCGAUUACAAAGACAAAAAAAAUAAAUCAAUCAAUCAUCAUAAACAGCAAGACAGUUGGUCGAAACUACGCGAAGCUGUCUCCCGUGUCUCAGGCCUCCCAUUGUCCACUGCGGUCCAGUUCUCUGCUGCACACGAAAGCAAGCGACACAAACGGCAUCCUUGAACGUGCUGUCAUGGAACUAAAGAGGAACUUUUUCCAAAAAAAAAAAAAGAGGUGAUAAACGAUGGCUCUACUUGUGGACAGUGGUAUCUCACGUUCUGGUUUAGUUUCCAACAGGGGAGAAGAAUCAUUCAGCUACAUAUGUGUCAGACUACACAAGAGUUUCAGGAUGUUGCGUGACCUGUAGAUGCUGUAGUUUUGUACGUUUCAGUCGCAGUAGAAUUGUGAGACUUUCACCACGGCACUUCUGUACAGAACACCACGCUCACAAGAGUCCUGACAACAUGCUGAGUUGGUAUUUAUUGAACCUUUCUUUUCUUCAAUUAUUUAUUCUUAGUACUAUAUGACAAUCAUGAAUGAGUCGCCGGUUCUCCUCUUGACGAACUUUGAUGGAUGAGUUUAUCUUCUUUUGUAAAAUAUGUAAGCAGUUUUUGCUUUUGUAUUCAGUUCAGUCGGCUGCCGGGGCAAAUAAUAGUCACUCUCGAAAGAAUCGUUUAUGUAAGAAAGUCUUUAAAACAGUUUAUACUUUAAAUAAAGUCUUUAAAACUGUGAAAUCUGUUUUUUCGAAAUAUAUUUCAGUGUACAGUGUAUAGACUUACCUUUAUGCAGCACAGUAGACUAUUGUUCAGAAUAUCAAGUUUUAUAUUUCUAAGAGGAAGUGGCUUGUAAUGUGCAGAAUCUUUAGCUGGUAUUACUACUCUAGAGGUUUUUUGGUUUUGUUUUUCUUUUGUGGCACUCUAAUAUUGCAUAUCUACAAUAUCAACCCCCAGUUUCUUGUUUUUGACUUUGGUUUUGGUUUUGGAAGCAGAGGUGUUCUGUCCUAGAUUCCAAGAGCAGUAGCAGUAAUGGAUCCCUCUCACUGUGAAGAGACUCGUGCUGGAUGUCAUAUUGUACCAAAUCAGUAUUAUCAACGAAUGAUUCUUAUACAUUCACUUAAACGAGACUCUUCUGAGAACCUUAUCAAUAAAACAUAAUUGUUUACUUCAACU